ACAAGCACGAGCGAAACUGAUAGCGAGAAUGAGUUUGUUGAGAAAAAGAAGAAGAAGAAGGAUGUGCUUCCACCGGGACAGAAAAAGCUUGCAUUUGCAGCAGCAGCUAAGAAGGGCACUCCAGUGAAAAAGGAAAAGAAAUCAGCGGAGAAGUUGGAACCUGUUAGUGCUUCCGACUUUUUUGGAGACGCGGAUGUGAAGGGAAAACCUUCUCCGACCAAAAAAGUUCCAACGAAGAGCGCUAAAAUUAGUCCAUCCCAGAAGGAAAAUGCUGAACAAAAACCCGCGAAGGUCGAGCAGGUCAAAGAGAAAGAAAAGAGUAAAAUUGACGAUAAACGGCAGAAGCAAAGGGAAGCUGAUGCCAAGCCCAAAACUGAUCAAAAGCAAAAGAAGACAGAAGAAAACAAAGUAGAGAAAACUACUACGCAAAAGACCCCUGCUAAGCCUCAUAAAGAAAGUCCAACGCCUAAGCAUCACGAUAGACCAAAAGCGGAUGUAGUUGCGAUUCCUAAAUUACCUAAGGUGAGUUUGUUGUGUUUCCUUCCACUCAGAAUGUCGGAUCGUGCACUUUGA